AUGACUAUCGACAAGGAAAACAUCGAUGCCGUUGUCGCUGAACCGGUUGACGAUAGCGAAGACGAAAUGUCUAGCGAAGGAGAGUCAGAUAUCGAGGAAUCGAAGGGUGUUGAUGGAACAGCACCCAAAGGACGACAAAACAAAAAUGAAAGAAGGUCAAGGAAACUCCUAAACAAAAUGGGUCUCAAAUUAGUAGAAGGGAUUACAAAGGUGUGCAUCAAAAAAUCCAAACAAGUUUUCUUUGUCAUCAACAAACCAGACGUAUACAAACUACCAAACUCAGAUACCUAUGUAGUAUUCGGAGAAGCAAAGGUGGAAGAUAUGACACAAAAUUCUGCAAUAGAAGCAGCCCACAGGCUAUCACAACUAUCAGCAGUACUACAAUCCGCUGACACAGGCACUGCAGGUGGCAAGGAAACAGGUGAACGACCUUCUGAUGCCAAUAUGGAUGACAACAAGGACGAUAGCGAAGAUCUAACAGUUACCAAAAGUCCAACCCCUGGCGAUAGCACUGAAGGAUACACUAUUAACUCGAGCGAUAUUGACCUCGUGAUGACACAGGUUGGAUGUACUAGAGAACAGGCAAAACAAGGUCUGUUGAGACACAAUGGUGACAUUGUGGAAACAAUAUUGGAUUUGUCCUCUUAA